AUGUUCUUAGAUGAUUUGAUUUUCUACUACAAGGUGAACUUCUUUAGCCGCUUGGACGUUUCUUGGAUAGGAAAGCACAAGAACGUGGACACCACGAAAUACCGUAUCGCGAUUUGGAACUACAUACAAAGCCUAUACGGCAUUCGACACGACGAUUAUGAAUACUCAGAAGUGAACAAGUUGCUCAGUCGGCAGAUAAAGACGUAUAUAAAGACUAUUUGUUGCUUUCCUGAACGCAACCCAAAGUACCUGUCCUCCAGUGCGUUGGCUGACUUCGACACAGCAGAAAAAGUAAGCGGUGGUGGUGCUUUUUAG